GAGAACGCUAGGGGGCGUGACAGAAUGCGUCUUCUUCCGCAUUCUCCAUUGUAGUCUAUGACCUGGUUAGCCAGACAACGGCUGGACUCUGGCUGAGGACGUCGACUUCUAACUGUUUGGUUUCAACCUAUCGAUAUAAAAAUGGGGGCUUGUAUGGCCUUAUGCUCGUUAGCCAGCUGCGCUUCCUGUCUGUGUGGUUCGGCCCCAUGCCUCCUCUGUGGGUGCUGCCCCUCCUCAAACAACUCCACCGUCACCAAACUGGUGUUCUCCUUCUUCCUCCUGCUGGGCACUCUGGUGUCCAUCAUCAUGAUCCUCCCGGGCAUGGAGACCCAGCUCCAGAAAAUCCCCGGUUUCUGUCAGGGCGGGAGCACCAUACCGGGCAUCGAGAACCACGUCAACUGUGACGCCAUCGUGGGCUUCAAGUCUGUGUACCGCAUGUGCUUCGCCAUGACCUGCUUCUUCUUCCUCUUCUCCGUGAUCAUGGUGCGCGUGCGCAGCAGCAGAGACCCGCGAGCCGUCGUUCAGAAUGGGUUCUGGUUUUUCAAGUUUCUGAUCCUGGUCGGGAUCACAGUGGGGGCGUUCUUCAUUCCUGACGGAACCUUCCACACUGUGUGGUUUUACUUUGGUAUGGUGGGGUCUUUCCUCUUCAUCAUCAUUCAGCUCAUCCUCCUCAUCGACUUUGCCCAUUCCUGGAACAAGGUGUGGGUGGGCAAUGCUGAAGAAGGCAAUAAGAACUGCUGGUUUGCUGGCCUGCUGUCGUUCACCAUCCUGCACUACGCCCUGGCCUUCACGGCUGUGGUGCUGUUCUACGUGUACUACACCCAGCCGGACGGCUGCACAGAGCACAAGGUCUUCAUCAGCCUCAACCUCAUCUUCAGCAUCAUCGUUUCCGUGGUGUCCGUCCUGCCCAGAGUACAGGAGGCUCAGCCCCAGUCCGGUCUGCUCCAGGCCUCCCUCAUCUCUCUCUACACCAUGUACGUCACCUGGUCGGCCAUGACCAACAACCCUGACCGUAAGUGUAACCCCAGCCUGCUGAGUCUGGUGUCCAACACCACCACCAUCACCCUUGACCCCAGCGCCCCGGCAGAAACCGUCCGCUGGUGGGACGGACAGGGCAUUGUGGGGCUGAUCAUCUUCCUGUUCUGCACGCUCUACGCCAGCAUCCGUUCGUCCAGUAACAGCCAGGUGAACAAGCUGAUGCAUACCGAGGUGGGCGGGGGCUCCGGGGGCAGUGGGGGGGAGGUGGGGGAGGACGGCCUCCGCAGGGCCGUGGACGAUGAGGAGGAGGCCGUCACCUACAACUACUCCUUCUUCCACUUCAGCCUCUGCCUGGCCUCGCUCUACAUCAUGAUGACCCUCACCAACUGGUAUCAACCAGACACAAGCACCCAGGCCAUGCAGAGCUCCAUGCCCGCGGUGUGGGUGAAGAUCAGCUCCAGCUGGCUGGGUCUGGGCCUCUACCUCUGGACCCUCCUUGCCCCGCUCAUGUUCCCCGACCGGGACUUCUUCAGCUGAGCGGGCGUGACCCCGGGCUGGAGGCUGGAGGCUUCACUGCCGUCUCAUGUGAAGGGAUUUGGAAUUUAAAUGUAUGCAACGACGUGUUGUUUUAUUGAUUGUCUUAAUACAUUUCUGUUUGGCUAGUCUUUGGUUACUUUUUGUUAUUUUCUUUGUAUUUGUGUGUCAUAUUUUGUGAUAUUUAAUUUAGUCUUGAUACGUUGUACGAUUUAGACAUGUCAAGGGGAUUUUGAUAAUCAUCUUGCCACAAAAUGAAGUUAUAACACUUGCCAAUGAUAACCUGCACUAAAUCCUCCCUACCUUUCUGACAUAUAGCACCUACUAGAUAUUAUGAUAUGGAUCUUAUUGCAGUACCAUCUAUGGUCCUAUCUAGCAACUGUACAUCUAGGGUAUCAAGCUACUGUAAAUAUAGGACAUCUAGCUCCUCUACAUCUAGGGUACCUAGCUACUCUACAUCUGUGGCACCUAGCUAGGGUAGGGAGCUACCAUCUAUUUACUGUACAUCUAGGCUGUGAUAUGUCGGAGUCCAUGGUGGUCAGGUUUCCCUGCCCAUGGAUUGGCUGAGAGCUCUGCCAGCGUUGGGGCUUCCAGGUUGACCCCGUGCAGAGCCCCAGAGAGGUGGUGUGUGAGGGGGAGAUAAGGGCCGGGCGACACACCCUAACCCCCUCCGCUGGGCUCCCUGUCCUCGCUCUGCUCUCUCGCUAGUCCCUGAGACGUACGCCACAGCUCAGAGCCCCGGAGGGGUACCUCAACAGACCCCUGGUGAACAUAGCAACCACCCCCCUACACUACACACAUGCUUCUAGAUGCAAGAUCCUGCCACCCGAGGACUCUAAUGGACGUUUGUUCCUCUGUCCUUAUAACUAACCCUGGAUUCUGGCGUUCUAGCAUGGGGUACCCAUAUUUUGACCGAUGCUUACCCUGUCUGUCACCACCCUGAAGCAUACCUAUCUCUGGCCCUCACCAUGCCCCAUCUCUGGCCCUCACCAUGCCCCAUCUCUGGCCCUCACCAUGCCCCAUCUCUGGCCCUCACCAUGCCCCAUCUCUGGCCCUCACCAUGCCCCAUCUCUGGCCCUCACCAUGCCCCAUCUCUGGCCCUCACCAUGCCCCAUCUCUGGCCCUCACCAUGCCCCAUCUCUGGCUCUCACCAUGCCCCAUCUCUGGCCCUCACCAUGCCCCAUCUCUGGCCCUCACCAUGCCCCAUCUCUGGCCCUCACCAUGCCCCAUCUCUGGCUCUCACCAUGCCCCAUCUCUGGCCCUCACCAUGCCCCAUCUCUGGCCCUCACCAUGCCCCAUCUCUGGCCCUCACCAUGCCCCAAGUCAGAAGGUUUUUUUCUAUUUAUUUUUCUGUGUGUUAAUGCAAUGAGUCUGUGUGUGUGUGGAUCUGUUUGGCACAAAUUCAAAAUAUAUGUUUGUAAGCAGAAGUUAAUGUAACAAUGCAUUUGAACAUGGAUAUGUCGGUGUUGUGACUUAGCUCAUUAUAAUCCACAAUAGUUUGUUGUUGGGAAUUUCUCUGAAAUUGGAACAUUUCACAGCGGUUGAUUCAUAUGUUUACGUCUCUGGAUGUGGCAGGGUAGAUGAAAUAGGAUAGAUAUUAGUUUUGCAGGUAGUAAGACAAUGUGAGUACUGGCAGAAGUCUCGUUCAGUUUCUGCCUCCAUCAUCUCCUGCAUGUCAGUUAUCCAUCAAUGUUCAGGACUUGAACUUGCUGUACUGUGACACGUUGCUGAGUAUUGUGAUGGAAGUGUUUGAAGGUGUACGUUGGAAUUUCACCUCGUGAUUUGUAAAUAGCAUCGUGACAAUAUCUUCUACCCUGUUGGGGUUUGCUCUAAGGAUGAGUUAAUCGAUUUGAGCGAUGAUUCUUCAGUAUUGAGUGAUGAAGUGUCAAUGCUGUAACCAAUGUGCCUUCAGUCACAGUCUAAAAUAAUCCGUACAAUACCUUGGGAGGUCAGUAGUGCCUUCUGUGCAGGUGGAGCUGUGGUUGCAUGUGCAAGAUAUACUGUAUGUGUUCAGAGAGGAUCCAGGAACUCUUAUCUAAUCUGUUAUUCUUAAAUAAAGUUUCCAUGCUGGUGAAUAAU